GUCACCGUUUGAUGAGAACCGCCUAUAACAUGUAUGCAUGCGUGCUGCGCAAGAAGCGGGAGAGACAGUAAAUCGGAUGGUUACUCGCUACUUUACUCGGUGUUUGCUUCCUGUAUGUGAACUUGUUAAAAGAAUUGCAUCAACCUUAAGUUUGACAACGUUCUGUAUGGCUACACACUCAAUACAAACUUUAAGAUUGUAAUGAGUUAAUAUUUUAGGUUAUAUAUUGGAAUGAUAAAUGAUAUUCUAUAAAACACAUGGCAGACCAAAAUAUUAUGGAUUAUCAAGCACUUUGUGCGAAUGACGAAGAAGAAAUUGAAGAUCUAAAUGAGAGACUAAUACAGUUAUUAUUUGCACAGAAAGUUUUAUCGCAAAAUGCUCAAAGUACCAUACCUCGGUCAUUGGAUAGCAUCAGCACCAAUAAAGACAGCUUUAAAAUUGAAAAUAAAGCAUCUGCCUCACCAUUGCUUAGCCAUUAUAAAUAUGAUCAUUCCUUUUUACAUCAUGACAGUCCAGUCAAUUUGCCUGCAUCUCCAAUAUAUCUUCCACCUAUUGGUGUAUUUUGGGAUAUAGAAAAUUGUCAUGUUCCAAAAGGAAAGUCUGCUAUGGCUGCAAUACAAGUAAUUCGAGACAAAUUUUUUAGUGGUUACAGGGAAGCAGAAUUUAUUGUAGUUUGUGAUGUUUGUAAAGAAAGUAGUCAGGUCGUGAAGGAAUUAAACGAUGCUCAGAUUAAUUUAAUACAUGUUGCUACAAGGUGUAAAAAUGCUGCUGAUGAAAAGCUCAAACAAUCUAUUAGGAGGUUUGCUGAUAUUCAUGGAAGUCCAGCAGCUAUAAUUUUAAUAUCUGGUGAUAUUAAUUUUGCUGCUGAUCUCAGUGAUUUACGUUAUAGAAAAAGAAUCCAUGUGAUACUUUUACAUAUGAAGAAUACUUCUGAAGCAUUAAUACUUUGUGCCAAUGAGCAUUAUGACUUUUCAGAAUUAAUGGAAUCACUGCCGUCCAGGACUGUGGAGGUUACCACAUGUUAUGACUUACUAGCUAGUAAUCUUCCUGAAGAUCAAGAUGUUAUGUCCGUUAAGCGUCGUCUUAAACAAUUGUCUGAAAACUUUGGUGGCCGAGUAGUAGAAAUCCAAUCAAAUACUGCAGUUUUACGUUUUACUUCACAAAUUUAUGCAGAAAGGGCUCAGAAGCGUAUGGAUGGAAAACUUGUUCUUGGUUCGAAAAUUUCUGUAAAAUUUCAAAAAGAGCAGGGGAGUAAUUUUCAGAAAACUCCAGGAAAGUUAACAAAUAGAAAUCGCGCUGUAAGUGAAUCGGAAAUUGUUACUAGUUCUUCAAGACAAAUGUAUAGUGCAAGUACUUCGGUAACGGGUGGGAGAACGCUUCAAAUUCCACAUUAUCAAUCUUCAAUUCCAGUCAUUGGAACAUAUGGUUCAGCAUGGAAUUCUCAUUGUGCUCCAGUUUCAGCACCAGCAACAGUUAUUCAAUCUCCGUCUGGUUUUGUUGGGAGAUCAUAUUCAAAUAGUAAUAAUGUAGCUUUUAAUAGAGCAUAUAAUGAACUUGCAAGGGUCCAAUCACCAUUAUCGUGGCAAAUCUCUGGUCCACAGCAAUUUGGUCAUUUGUGGGAGGAACAAUAUAAAGUUGAAAAGACCAAAGUGCUUAGUAGGAGACUUCACAUCCCGCAGGCUCGGGAUAAUACAGCUACAAAUAAUGUAGCUUCUCGAACUCCUGAGAGUCUAAGAUGUAUCAGAGGAACAUGUACUUCUUUUGUUCAACCGCCAGAAUGGGCUGGAUCAAGGCAACCACAUCCCCCAUUAAAUGCUUCAACCAGUUUCAAUGGAAAUGCGCAUUCUCAGUCAAGUUCGUUCAAACGUCGUAGUCCAUCUCCAUUGUAUGAUCUACAAUCACGAGAGCGAAAUCAGUGGAACGGACAGAAUCAAAAAUCUGUACGUAGAACCAGAACACCUUCACCUUACGAGAAUAACAUACAGACGAUGAGUCAGCAAUGUGCAAACACUUCACCUUAUCAUCCAAGUGAUGCAGAAAAUGAAGAAGUUGAGAAAUUCUUCAAUCCAAUAAAUAAUCACAAUGGAACUUCGGUGAACAAUGAAACAUGCACACCUAUUGAAUUACAAGUAACUAACAUAGACCAAAAUAUUAAUCCAACAAAACUAAGACAUAUGCUCGCUUCUAUAUUCCUGGAACAUGUGGUGGUGUUAAAUGUGUCUAUUUUUAUACAGUCUGAUGGUAACUUUGCUGCAAGUGUCAAAGUUCCAUCGUUGUCGGACGCGCAAUAUGCAAUUUCUCAAUUACAUCGUCGUAAAUUAGGAUAUAAACGUAUUUUAAUAUCUUACGCUCAUAGCGGUCGAGUAAGCCCUCAAGUUAUACGGGCGCAAAUUGUAAUGUUGCUACAAGAAGUGCCAGGUCACAAACUUCCCCUGUUCAAGUUCCGCGAAAUGUAUGAGAGUCGUUUUAUGAUUACCAUCAGCAUUUCGGAAUUAUAUAAAAUGAAGGAUGUCUGUAUUAUUAUCGAAGACCCCAGCGGCAGAAUGGUUUCUCUUAAUCCAGAUCACAGAAAUACGCCAUCACCAUGUUUAAACACUACAACUCAGGAGGAACAAGUAGAGUUACCAUAUUGUACUACUCAUACGCUAAAACCAUGGUUUGAUAAGGGAUGGGCUGAGCAAAAAGUAGCAUCACUUCCUAAUGUAAAAGUUUCUUUAAAACUUCUUGAUCCACGUAUACAUCAGUUACUAACUACACAUAAUGGAUGUUUACCACUGCCUAGUUUGCCAAAUUGUUAUGAAGCUGAAUUUAAGGAAAAACUACAAGUGGUUGAAAAUGGGGUACCUUUAGAACAUUUGGUAUCCUGUUUAUCAUGUGUAGAAUUAAAACAGGGUAUUGGUAGUGUAAAAUAUCUUGUUUGGACAGGGAAUAAAACGCAAGAUAGUAACGAAGAAAACAAGUGUGUGAGUCCUCCUCUUGCCAAUCAAUUAGCACUCUUUAGUCGCGAAUUAGUUGAUCUUUUAAAAACUGCUUCACACUGCCAAUUACUGUUCAAUCGAUUUAUACCUGCAUAUCAUCAUCAUUUUGGAAGACAGUGUAGAGUUGCUGAUUAUGGAUUUACUAAAUUGAUCGACUUAUUAGAAGCACUUACACAUACCGUACAAGUAAUGGGCGAAGGAAAUAAUCGCGUAGUAACAUUGUCUCAUCGCGCUCAAGUACGUCGUUUUACAUCUGACCUGUUGAGAGUUUUAAAAUCUAAGGCUAGUAAACAAGUUACGCUUUCAGAUUUUCCAAGCGUUUAUGCUAGAGUAAUAGCUAAACCAUGGGAUAUCGUGGAUUACGGUGUUUGUGAAAUAGACGAUAUACUCCGUGAAGUAUCGGAAAACGCUGUCGUUGUCACUACAAUCAAUGGUGGUGAUAAAAUGAUAGCUAUUCCUAAACGUGAACAAACUGCAGAAGAAAUUGAGCGAACGAAACAGUUCGCUUUAGAGGUUAUAGAAUUGUUACGACAUGUACCCCAAUGCAGAAUGCAGUUUGAUAAAUUUGUGCCUUCGUAUCAUCAUCAUUUUGGACAUCAGUGUCGCGUGUCAGAUUACGGGUUUACCAAGUUAAUUGAAUUAUUUGAAGCUAUACCCGAUGUAGUCAAGAUCGAAGAUGAUAAUUCGGGUGAAAGGCAAAUUUCUCUAAUAGAAAAGCAAGGUCUUCGUGUACUUUCCGAACAAAUAUCAAAAUUAGUUCCACGAUCCCGAGGUUUUCUUAAUGUUUCAAACAUUACGCACAACUUUUUACAACAGUUUGGUUACGAGUUAAAACCAGAGUUAUUUGGAUGUACAUCUAUGUUACAACUUAUGCAGAAACUUGAAGAUUCUGUAAAGAUUAUUCAUUUAGCAACUCAACCAGCAAUUGUAAUGAUAGAUAAAUCUCAGUUGCAACUAUUAACUCUACAGUGCCGUCGAGUGUUGAUGAAUCAAUCUCAAUACAGAAUGUCAGUUAAAGAAUUUCAGAAACUCUAUACACAGUAUUAUUUGAAGCCAUGUAACAUAGACGAACUUAUGAAAAAUUUAUCUAACGUAGUUCGCUUCACAACAGUGAACGACGAGCAGUUAAUAGAGCUUACACCGUUACAUUGUUUCGCUUGUGAUUUAUAUCGUGUAUUGAUGAAUUAUGGCGGAACAUUGAAGCUCUCACAGUUUGAGACAGCGUACUUGUCAACUACAUGUUCUGUCUGUAAACCUGUAGAAUACGGGUUUUCAAACAUUCUUGCACUUUUGCAAGCUUUACCUUGUACUGUUACAAUGAAAGUAUCACGACAAAAAAAAAACAUUAUAUCUCUAAACAAAAAACUUGCUGCCGUUGGUAUACCAUUACCACCGACGUAUAGAUCAGCAUCGUCGUAUCGUGAUACGGACUCUAGCAAUGAAUCGUUUGAAAGCGAUUCUUCUUCUCGCAUGAACAUUUCCAACAAUUCAAGUGCGGUGAAAAAACGUGCAAAAUGGACAGGACAAACGAUCGAAAGUCAGCAUUCUUGGAAGCAAAUUGAAAAGAACAGUAUGUGGUCGAAGGAAUCUGACAGGGAUUGGAAAACAUCGUCUUCAGAAGAUCAGUUGGUUCCUUGGUCAUUGCAAGAGAAUGGAAGUGAAAGCUUUCUUAAAAGCUUAAUGCGUACUCCGAUUAUGCCGCACGGUUUUCCACCGCCUCCUCCUAAACCAGAUUCUCCGCCCGAGCAUUUAAGUAAGAAUCAGUGGGAAUCUUCAGUCUGGAUGACUCCAACGAAGUUUACAUAUCCACAGGAUGAACACGCUACCAAUGUGCAGGUUCCUCCGUUAACGUUACCUCCUUCCUGGAGUCAAAUUGUAUCCGAUAAUAGUACGUUUAACCUAUUAUCGCCGACAAAAAAUUUAUUACCGGCUGCGGCAAAUCCUUUAAAUCCACGCACUUCACCUUACUUUUCUUCCAAACGUAAUAUCGUCGUUGCUCCUCAUCCUUCUGAAUUGCCACUUCCGUCGCUCUCUUUGACUCCCAAAAAAAGUAUAUCUUCGGAGAACAUUUUAAUUGCACAAACUUUCACGUGCAAACAAGAAAAGAUUGUCGACUGUUCAACAGAGGAUGCAACUGUUACGAGUACUGAAAAUGAUAGCAGUAACACGGAGGAUGGUGAUAAUGAUAACGAGAAACACGAUACUCCCACAAAGCAGUUAUUCACAAAUAAAUGUCGUCUGGCUGCGCAGUUUAAUCAACCCAUUAAAUCAUAAAGAACGGAACAAGUUUGCAAAUGUACAAACGUAUCAUACGAUAAAAGCAAAGAAGCCGAAACACAUUUUUUAGUUUUGAGAUGUGUUAUUGUGAUUGGAUAAAGAAGGGAUACAUGGCAUCUCGGUAGGCUAUCACACAGUAGGCUUAAUACCUAUACACCGUUUCCUAAAUGGUAGGUACACCCUCCUCAUUUACAUUUGAAAUAUAUGGUAAUAAUAUGUCGAUUUGAUACAUACACGAUAAAGAAAAGAAUUAAUUUUCAAGAAUUAUGAAAACAAAAAAUAUAUAUAAAUAUCUAUAUGGUCCAGUCAAAUUAGAUAUAAAAAUACUCAAAAUUGGAGAAAGUACCCAACGCAAAUUUUCGUACAUAAUAUUGUUACGAAUGUUUCGAAAAAUGAUGUAAGCCGUCGAUCAAUUUCAAUGUAACGACAGCAGCGAGUAUAAAUAUGUAAUGAAAAGUUGUCGAAUUGGUACUUUUUUCAUAAAAUCCUUUAUAUUUCAGAAACGAGCAGUCCUACGUGAAAUAUAAAAAUUGCUAGUUAUAGAUAUUAAAAUUACCUAUGACACAAGAUAUGCAUUACGUUCGAAUUGAUUGAUGAUUAGUUAGGUUGUAAAAAAAUAAAAGCCGUCAAAAUAUAAGAACUAGAAAAUCGUUAAUAACUUUUUAAAAAAUUGACGUGAAACUUUGAAAAUUGGGUGAAAUAUUGGCUUUUUGAUUAUGAAUGUAUUCACCAAAUUUCAAAUUGAUGUUUUUUUAUUUUUUAAGAAAAGUACCUUUUUACGAACAUUUAGGGGUCAUAGACAUGAUUUGUUUAUGGACGUUUUUCCAAAAUUAGUGUCAAAAGAGUACAAUCGAGUGAAUGGUUUUUGCUCCGUGAUCAUAUAAAAAAAGUUAUUCCAAUUUUUCACAAAAUUGAAAAUGUACUCUUUUAAUUUUAGCGCCGCUAAAUGCAAAGAAUAAGUCCUACCAGUAGUUUUAUGUCAAUGCUAUUGUCAUGUUAAUCAUCUAAUCCUAACGUAAUGCAUAUUUCAUGAAAAAAGUAUCAGUUUCACAAUUUUCAUUAUUUAUUUAUAGUCGCUGCUGUUAUCACAUCGAAGUCAAUCGAUGGUUUAUAUCAUUUUUCAGAACGUUUGUAACAAUGUUAUGUAAUAACAUUUGAGUUGUGAAUUUUUUUCAGUACAAAAUCUAAUUCGACCGAACCAAUAUACUUAAGUAGCUAUGAUUUUUUAUUUGAAUAUGUGAAUAAGUGUGCGGCGUUUAUACCGAGUGAUGUGUAUUAAUUGUAUUGCAUAUAAAAUUCAUGUAGCAUUUGUCAUACUGUGAUAUAGAAUAGAAAGAGAGUGCAAAUGAUAUAGCAAUAAAUGAAGACAAAUUGAAAAUAGGCAAUGAUUGUGUACAUUCAUAGGU